AUGGACUACUCGCAGCAUUAUCCGAUGGCCUACAUGGACUUUGACCAGGCUUUCUACACCGGUCUACACGGCGGCGAUCUGGAUGAUCCAGCCUUCGACCCGUCUUUCUACGCAGGGCUAUAUGGCAACGACGUUGAUGCCUUCGAUGCCGUUCAGGACUUCAGAGACUUUCCUCAAAAUCUCGGAUCGUCACUCUUCACUUGCACUCUCGACCAGGAGAUCAAAGCAGCCUACCAGAUUCCUUGGGCCGCAUCGUCUCCUGAGAUCAGGCGAAAGAUCCCGAUGCUUCAACCAGGUCCACUCCGUCGCCAGCAAUCGCAUAUUCUCUACUCGCAGUCCCCCCGUUGGCAGAGUGUUAAUGCAGACGAACCGAGCGAUGCACGCCCAAAGAGACCUCUUCCGAGCCUCCGCCCCUUCUCUCCUCCGCCCUUUCUCUCUCAACUCACCCUCUUGAGACCACAACAAACUCUGGCAACGAUCUCCUCCCCAGCUGCUCAAAGACCCAACUCGAUCGCGAAGCGACCUCCGCCCCCCUACCUCGUCUGCCACACAACCACUCCCCAUACCCACCCAUGGCCAGACUCCGGCGACUUCUUCGUCGAAUUUUGCGAACGGAUCUAUCAGCUCUGCGAGCGGUUCAAUAGUGUUAGUCCGCUCUUUGGCGAGGUGCGUACAUUGAGAGGGCAUGUGAGCCGGUCGCAUUGCCGCAACGGAAAAUUGAGGUACUGGACGGUGCGGAAGAUGAUGCAGAAUUCGGAUUUUGCGUCGAAGAUCAGGGUGCCUGCUGUUUUUCCCUCCACCCCGAAGUCGUCUCCAGGUUCAUCAGCGGCGACCCAGGGGAGCGACUCCGCCCUGAAUGUACCGAACAUGCCGUCUCCGGAGAGGUCAAAAUCGUCGGAUCCGCUCGAUCUGUUCGGCAUGGACCUCAUCCGCUACUACAACCCAGGCGCUACGGUCAGCGACGAGAAUAGCGAAGACCUAUUCUGCGGGCUAUCAAUCCUGGACACGAGCUCACCUACUUCAACCCUCUCCAUAAUCUCCAAAAACGACCAUACCAACACCAAUACCGUCAACUUCCACCAGUCUUUCGGAAAACGCAUCAGCUCGCCUGUCUGCUUACUGUCCGGAUCCUGUCUCCUGCAGUCAAACUCUGAUGACACUUGCUCUCCUCCUACCAUGCCAAUCACCAGUCUGCAUGGCUGA